AUGGAUUUCAAUGCAGACUCAAAACCUGUGAUUCAGGAGCAUACUGGUAAGGGUAAAAACAGAGAAAAAGCUUACGUUUACAACCAUACUGCCCUAGAAAAGUCUAUCGCUGAAGCAGGUGAGAAUGCCCUGAAACCUUGCAAGGUGUGCAAGCGUACUGAUCAUCGCUUACGAUUCUGCCAAGAUUUUAAGGCAAUGGCUUUAACGGAUAGAUUGGAGCUGGUCGAUAAAUGGAAGCUCUGUGUCGUUUGCCUGAAUGAUCACGGCAAUGCGCCGUGCAAAUUUAAGAUCCGAUGCAAUAUCGAUGAAUGUCAUGAGCGACAUCAUCCUCUUCUACAUCCGGUUGUCGGAUCCGUAGUAAUGAAUGCCCACUUCCGAAGUACCAGUACAAUUCGGUUCCGUAUGCUACCAGUGACGUUGUACUGCGGGAAAAGAUUAGUGAAUACCUUGGCGUUUUUAGACGAAGGGGCGUCUGUUACAUUGAUGGAGCGAGCCUUGGCGGAUCAGCUGGGUGUCCAAGGAACGAAAGAACCAUUAACCAUCAAAUGGACGGCAGACAUCGCGCGCGUAGAGAAGGAAUCACGACGGAUGAACUUACUAAUUGCUGAAAGAGGGAGUGACGAGAAGCAUCAGCUCGGUACAGUUCGAACGGUAGAAGAGCUGCUCUUGCCGAAACAACAGCUGGAUGCAGUGGAUCUCAGCCAACGAAUGAAAAAUCUUCGUGGGCUGCCGAUCGCCACGUAUCAAAAUCAACGACCAGGUUUACUUAUCGGUCUAAAUAAUCUACAUGUGAUUGCACCGAUCGAAGCAAAGAUCGGCGAGCCAGGUGAGCUGAUAGCGGUUCGAUCGAAGUUAGGAUGGGCAGUAUACGGUCCAAGUCGAAUGCUGCAAGAGAGUACGGCGGCAUAUUUAGGACAUCACAACGUAGUAAGCAAUCAAGACCUCCACGAUUUGCUAAAAAGCCAAUAUGCUUUGGAGGAAUCAGUAACAGUGAAAUUACCAGAGUCGGACGAAGAUAGAAGAGCGCGGGAAAUCCUGGAAUCGACCACCCGACGAGUAGGGGACCGGUUCGAAACGGGACUACUGUGGAAGAAUGAAGAAUGCGAACUCCCGGAUAGUUAUCCAAUGGCCAUUAGAAGGAUGAAGUGUUUAGAACAGCGCCUGCUGAAGGAACCAUCACUAUUCGAGAAUGUCCGUCGUCAAAUCGAGGAGUAUCAGCAAAAGGGAUACGCGCAUCUGGCAACCGUUGACGAACUGGCCAAAACUGAGCCACGUAAAGUUUGGUAUCUUCCGCUCAACGUCGUACUAAAUCCGAAGAAGCCGGAUAAAGUACGCCUUGUGUGGGAUGCAGCAGCAACUGUGAAGGGAGUCUCUCUCAACUCCUUGCUCCUAGCGGGACCCGAUUUGCUCGUGUCUAUUAUUGCUAUUUUUUGUCAAUUUCGUGAACGACCAGUUGCUUUCGGCGGGGACAUACGCGAAAUGUACCAUCAGAUGAUGAUUCGUAAAGCGGAUAGACGAGUACAACGGUUUGUGUUCCGGUCGGACCCAAGCAAUGAACCAUGUGUUUAUGUCAUGGACGUAGCCACUUUCGGGUCAAAAAGCUCCCCGUGCUCUGCUCAAUUUGUGAAGAAUAAGAACGCGAUGGAGUUUGCAGCAGAAUAUCCUGAGGCCGCCGCGGCGAUUGUUGAGAAACACUACGUCGACGACUAUUUUGACAGUGUGGACACCAUUGAGACGGCAAUUGAACGGGCGAAACAGGUGAGAUUUAUUCAUUCGAAAGGGGGUUUCGAAAUACGCAACUGGGUGUCUAAUUCGGAGGCGGUUCUCAGUAGUCUUGGGGAACCCAAAGCUGUGCAAUCGAUUCAUUUUAACCGGGACAAAGAAACUGGGAAUGAGCGUGUACUCGGCAUUAUUUGGAACCCAGGGCAAGACGUUUUCUCCUUUUCAACUGAACACCGCGAUGAUCUGAAGGAGUAUUUACAGGGUAGCAAGAAUCCAACAAAGCGAAUUAUAUUGAGCUGCGUCAUGGGGUUUUUCGAUCCACUCGGAUUGCUUUCAUGCUUCACCGUGCAUGGAAAGAUGUUGAUACAGGAUUUGUGGCGGACCGGUUGUGAUUGGGAUCAGGAAGUCGACGAAGCAAGUCGAGUUAAGUGGCAGCAAUGGACUGGGUUAUUUCCGUUGGUUGAACGAAUUCGCAUCCCGCGUCCAUACUUUGGUCGAACGAAGUCCUCGGAAAUAAGCAAACUAGAGCUACACAUCUUUACGGAUGCUAGUAUCUACGCAUAUGGUUGCGUAGCGUAUAUUCGUGCAAUAGUGGGGGACAUGGUCAAAUGCUCAUUGGCGAUGUCUCGAUCAAAGGUAGCUCCCCUUAAGCUGGAAUCUAUUCCUCGAUUGGAAUUAAGAGGGGCCAUUCUGGGAGCAAGAAUGCUUCACACCAUUAAAACUAACCACUCCAUUCCUAUCAACCGUUACGUUUUCUGGACUGAUUCGCAAACAGUGCUAAGCUGGCUGCGGUCAGAUCAACGUAAAUUUAAACAAUUUGUCGCGUUUCGAAUCGGAGAGAUUUUAGAGACAACUAGAUCCUCUGACUGGCGCUGGAUUCGUUCUAGUUUGAACCCUGCUGAUGCAUUGACCAAAUGGGGACGUGGUCCUCCAUUGGAUUCAGAAGGAGAAUGGUUUAAAGGACCACAAUUUCUAUAUCAACCAGAACAUUGCUGGCCGACGGAGAAUCCACCGGAAAUUGAGACUAAAGAAGAGAUAAAGGCGUACUUGCUGCACCACGAAAUGAAGGAGCUUCCACAACCAGUGAUAAACGUGGAAGUGACGUGGCAGUGGCGUAAAUUAUUACGAAUAACGGCUUAUGUCAUCAGAUUCGUUGAAAAUCUACAUCGUAAGCGAAAAGGGCUUCUGAUAUACACGACGGUUGCGAAUGAAAAGCAGGAACGGCUUUUAAAAGCGAAGCUCAAAGUGUUGCAGCGACCUUUGCAGCAGGACGAACUCUCGAAAGCAGAAGUAACUUUGUGGAAACAGGCACAGUGGGAGACUUUCCCUGAAGAGGUAAUGGUGUUUUUGGGAAGUAAACCUCAGACUAUACCUCAGAAGGCGGAAAGGAAACCUAUGCAUAUUGGAAAGAGAAGCCCAUUGUAUAAACUUUCUCCCAUCGUAGAUGAGUGUGGCGUAAUUCGAAUGAAUGGUAGAAUGGCAAAAUCUGACGAAAUUCCAUUCGACAUGAAGUUUCCGAUUAUUCUUCCAAAGGGGCACGCGGUGACGCGCCGUUUAAUACAGUAUUUUCAUGAAAAAUUUGGACAUGCGAACCGGGAAACAGUUUUAAACGAGCUUCGCCAAAAGUUCCACAUUCCAAAGAUACGAAUGGCGAUACAGCAAGUGAUGAAGGAGUGUGUGUGGUGCAAGGUUAAUCGCUGUUAUGCUGAAGUUCCAAUGAUGGCACCGCUACCUGUUCAGCGUAUCACUCAACAGCUUAGACCAUUUAGUGCAGUUGGGGUAGAUUAUCUGGGACCCGUGGAAGUAGUCGUUAAUCGUAGAAAAGAGAAGCGGUGGAUCGCACUGUUUACAUGCCUUGCUGUACGCGCUGUGCACUUGGAGGUGGUACAUUCUUUGACAACGCAAUCUUGUCUAAUGGCCAUUCGGAGAUUCAUUUGUAGGCGAGGAGUUCCAGAUGAGAUAUUUUCUGAUAAUGGAACAAAUUUUAAGGGAGCUAGUAAGGAGUUAAUUGCGUGGGUAAAGCGGAUCAACAGUGAAUGUGCGGAAUCGGUCGUUAGCAGCACAAUGAAGUGGAAUUUUAAUCCUCCUGGUACUCCACAUAUGGGCGGCAUUUGGGAGAGGAUGGUCCGAUCCGUAAAAGAGGCGAUGAAGGCACUUGAUGAUGGUAGUCGGCUAAAUGACGAAGUUUUACUGACCACUCUGGCUGAAGCGGAAGACAUGGUAAACAGUCGACCGCUUACAUAUGUACCCGGCGAAUCAGCAGCGUUAACACCGAACCAUUUUCUUAGAGGGAUGGUUAAAUCAGUUGAUGCUCAUGUGGACGGAUCGAUUGAUUUUGCGGAAAGUUUGCGAAACGUAUACAAACGUUCCCAGUAUUUGGCGGAUCAAAUGUGGCGGCGUUGGUACAAAGAAUACUUACCAACGAUUAACAAGCGUACUAAGUGGUUUGCUGAGAGGAAGUCCUUGAAGAAGGGAGAUCUCGUGUUCGUCGUAGAUGGUCAGAAUCGUAAAAGCUGGAUCAGGGGUAUGGUCGAAGAAGUAGUUGUUGGCUCAGAUGGAAGAGUUCGGCAGGCAGACGUGCGAACUAGCAGUGGAGUGUUCCGGAGAGGGGUAGCUAACCUGGCAGUGCUGGAGGUUCUUGAUAGUAAAUCCGGAACCACCGAUGAAAGGGUACCGGAGUUACGGGCUGGGGGUGUUGGCAUCACUGGGCGUCCAACGUACUCGAGAUAG